CGCAAACAAUUUCAAUAAUACAGAAAUCAGUUUAUUUUUAAAAAUGGUGGUCGAUAGACAAAUGUCCGUUGUAGACGCCGCAACCCCGGAAUGGGUUAAUACAGAACUUUUUGCGAAUUUGUUGUCGAAAGAAGUUGCCGAUUUCCAGAAGAUACUUAAAUUCUCAACAAAACGUGUGGAUAAUUGCAAAGAUAAUUAUUUGGGUGUGAAAAUCGAGUACGAAGCAAAAGAUGGCAAGAGACGUGUCAUGGGUUUCAUUCUCAAAACUGCAACAUUUAGUAGCGGUGACAAAUUUCUACCCUAUCUUAAUAAUUCCACAUUGGCUCAAGAAAACGAUGUGAAUUUUGAAAUUUUGCCAAAGUUUCGAAAAUUAUAUGAAGAGGAGAAUACCCCCAUUAACUUUGCUCCAAUGGUUUAUAAAUUCCCACAACCUGUUCCGGAGGACUACAUCCUUUUCGAAGAUUUGCAAUACAAGGGUUACAGAUGUAUUCAGCAAUCUGGUGGUCUGAGCAGCAAACAAAUGGAAAUAGCUUUGAAAAACUUGGCGGCAUUUCAUGCAGCGAGUGUGGUUGGUGCCAAAUUUGACAUAAAGUCCAGGAGAACAUUUUGCAACGCUACCAAGGAAACUCAAAUCCUAGCCGAUCGCAUAUUCUAUGAAAAUUUACGUGGCUAUAGUUUGAAACACUAUGAAGAUAAGAUUAAAUCUUUACAAACCCAAUUUUUGGAAAAUCGUCCAUUCUCAAAUCAGCAAGAAUUUCAAGUACUUUUGUUGGGUAAUGCCAAUUUGGAUAAUAUGUUAUUCCAAAUAGAUGCUUUUGGCAAUAUUAAGGAUUUUGUUUUCACAAAUCUGGGUUCAUGUUCAUAUGGCAACCCUGCCAAGGAUCUUUGGUAUUUGUUGUUAUCGUCAACCAAUUUGGAUGAGAAGUUAAACAAAUUUGAAUAUUAUGUCAAAUUUUAUUAUGAUCAAUUGAUCGGCUGUUUCAAACUGCUGAAGUAUAAGGGUGAUGUGCCAAAGUUAUCGGAGUUACAUUACGAUUUGUUGAAAAAUAAUAAAUGGGCUUUUGAAGCCGUGACGCAGGUGCUGCCGCUUGCACUUUGGGAUCCCAUCCAAGAUUGUGCUGUCUCAGCAGAUUGUUCUGCUGAUCCAUGCGAACGCAAUGAUCGAUUAUUGAAAGUCAUGUACGGACAAGAGAAUUAUUGCCAACAAAUUCAAAAACUGCUGCCAUGGAUGGAAAAUAAGGCACUACUUGAGGUGUGACCUAGAAAAGAUAACAGAGAACAGGGGUAGCUAAAAGUGCUUUGAUAAAAAGAAAACUAACUGCGGAGAAGAAGAACUUAUAAAUGCAAAAAAAUUUAAAUAAAAAAUAUAUAUUCCAACUAUCAUAG